UAUUACUAGAGUAUUGGAAGAUACCAAGACUCAGCCUGCACCGUGGGAGUCGACAUCCGUCCUUGCACGUUCCAGUCACUUCAACCGGUACUUUGUACAAUCUAGGGACAUAGCCAACGUGCAGUGCGAAUCUUACUAAUCCUCCAAGUCCAUGGAGAACGUGUGGCAUCUCCGCCGCGUCGCGGACAAUGCUGCCAAGGCCUGCUGGAUAUGCUAUAAGCCAUCCACAAGCGUCCUCAUCACGCCUAACAACAAGGACUUUUUCUACAUCUGUGCUGGACAUCUGACCGACCGAGGGUUCUGCCAGCCAGAGGCCGAGGAGGCAAAGAGAGUCGCAGAUCAAAAGAAGCAGGAAGAACUGGAUCGCGAGAUUGAAGCAGUCAAGAAAGAGUACGAACAAAAGCAGCAAAUCAAACGGGACAAGAGAAAGGGUAAAGACAAAGAGAAGGAUAAGGAGAAAGAGAAAGAAGCAAAGUCCAAGGAAGAGGAGGAAGACAAGCAGGACGAAAAGGCCAAAGAUGACAAGAUCAAAGAGCUCUCCAAGACCAAAGAGCAAGUUCAAAGCGAGCUGGGUCCUCGUAUAUUCCAGCUCAACAAGAGCUUUUAUCAAAUGAGACUAGACAGAUUACGCAAUGCCGAGAUGGCUAAGAGAAACCGAGAGCGGCUAAACGAUGCGUCAAAUUUCCCAUCCGUACCGAGUGGCAAUCCUUAGCCGUGCGUCAUAGCCGGCUGCAUCGAACACUACGGCCACACACCAGCUACCAACUGUCUCUCUUCCUUCUGAUAAUCCUCUCCUUUUACAUGAGUAAGAAGUGGAGGGAGGGGCUCUCUUGGCGAAGGACGACGGAGCUUACUGCCGCC